AUGGCCACCGGAUUCUCUGCGACGCCCCGAAAGGAAGGUACUUGGACCAAGCUCGUGAUAUUCGUCUCGCUAUACUGCUUGAUUCUCGAAUCCAUCCUAGAAUGGGUGCUUGUGCUUUUUUUGUAUGGCAACCACUAUGUCGACUCGAAAAUGACAUUGAGCUUGGUUCUCGCGUUGGUGUCGUCUUUCCUUUCGGUACCACUCGUCUCGCUCCAAAGCCUAGUUGCCUGGCAAUAUAACAAGAUAGGUGGCUUUGGGGAGAAGAAGACAGUAUUGCACAAUGUCUGCACCUAUGUCUACCGACUUUGUCUCAUGUUGUGGCUUGCGACGUGCGUGACCGGUCUGGUAGUCGCCGCUCAGCAGGUCUACUGUCUGCCAUCGGGCACAGACGCCACAUACUGGAGAGUGGGUAUUAGCUGUGCAUUUCACCGCGCCUCUGUGAUUGUAGCCGUUGUUACAAUGAUAACCGUCUGCACGCUCUACUGCGCCAGAGAGUUAUGCGAUCGACCAUACGAUGUUUCGCUCAUUGGAAUUUACAAGCGCAAGCCUAGGCAAAUUCUCGAGGAUGGCAGCAUCUUUUCCGGUCACAGCUGGGACAGUGAUGAGACCCUGAAGAAUGAAAUUCUCAACCUUUGCCGUCAACACGAUGGAAAAGCUAAUGGAGAGCCUUGGUAUAUUGACCCUCUGGCGAACAAGGUCAACUGUCAUCCAAGCAUCAAGAAUCCCGCGCCUAUUCGCCUACGCCCGCAACUCACAGUCAACACGGAUCCUGGGUCUAUCUAUGGCGAGAUCAUAUCUGGAGUCACCGUGUCCCCUGAUGAUACUUGGCCUCGUCAUUCUCCGGGUAGCCAAACCGCCGCUAGUGACUUCUAUCCGAUCUCGCGCACGUCUACGGUUCUGACAACUGACUCGCGCCAUCUUCUCUCCGACACAAUUGUGCCCAAGGUUCCCCCAAUCCCCGAGCAGUAUACCGGUCAUCCCACGCAUAAAAGAGGAAAGUCCUCGCUGUCUUCUCUUCGAAGAUUCCUCCCCAAGUCAUUCCCAUUAUCGCUUCCUCUGUCAUCAGAUCCGCAGAUUCGCGCCCUGGCGGACCCCAAUGCCGCCUCGGAUGUUGAGAAGCAGGUCGUUACGCCUUCUAUCAACAAUGGGACUGAAUCUUCCACCAAAGAAGUAACAUCAAACAGCUCAGACUCCUCCUUGCAGUCUCCUGGUGUGCAAACCACGACUCCUACCACGUUCGUAGCUGCCAGGUCGGAGGGCCACAUGCGAACAAUGACCAUGAAUUCUGCGGACGCCCCAGAAGUUGUCCCAGCGCAAGUCCUUCCAACCGAGCCAGCCAAGGUCCACAGAUCCCAGACAACCUCUUUCUCCAUUCACCAUCCACACCAUCCAAAAUAUAUCCCAGGCCCAGCCAACCCUCGCAGCUACUCCAUGGCCUGCCGACAGAACACCACCAUCCUCCCAGCCCACACCGACACAAGACGAAGUAACUCCCGUCAAGCACCCCUCAUGCAGAUGCCCAUCCGAAGCAACUCAUACCAAUUCGACCAACCCUAUAUCCCACGCCACUCCCAAAGCCAAUAUCAACAAGUCUACUACUCCCAGCCCACUCGCUGGGGAAGCCAACACAUGUACGACCCCAGCCGCUCAACCCCUUCACUAUCAGCGGUUUCUCGCCGCAACGACGUCGAGAUUAUCUACCCCAGCACUCGCCGAGCACGCAGCAGCACCCACGGUGGGCCUAGCGGACCUCUAAGCUGCAUUCAGGAAUCAACCGACCCGCGAUUCUCGGUCGACUCACAUCGGAUUAGCGCUGCUGUAUCCCAGAGUACCUACCGAGGAGCUAAUCGCACCAGCAUGGCUUUCCACUAA